UGUGGUUGGAAGUUUUUCCUUAAGUUUCUCGUAUAUAUUGAUUGCAAUAUUCUUUAAAGUUUUCUGUUUGAUUGGAGCUUGAACUUUUGUGUGGGAAAAAUUCUUUUGUGAUUGUUCUGUGGAAGUUUGCCUCUUGGGCGGUGAAUUUUUCUCGUAUUAUAUACCUAUAUAGUAUUAUGUUUGGUUGUGCCGUGUAAGAGAGGAAAUGUGAUGGUUCAGUGAUGCCAAAAGUGACAAAGUGGACAAUAGCCCUCGGUGCCAUCGAAUUGUCGCAUUUAAUUGAUCAUUUCUUGCCGUAUUUCACUUCCUCGUGAUUCGCCAUCGCGUGUGUUCACAUAAAAUCAAAAAAAGAGAGAAAAAAGCACAAAAAAAUGAAAGUUCUCCUCAUGCUGGCACUGUUGUUCACCCUGGCACGGGCACAGCGUACAUCGAGCCUCCUAGAAAAUAUCCUCGCACUAAAUUACACCACAGCCCCCGUGUCUGAGUGGUGUGAUGGUGAUCUGAAGAUUGUGGCGGAUGCCCUGCGGAUGCAGGACGUUUGGGCUAUGAAAUUGUUGGAUGCAUCGGGGCGUAUUGAGUCGGGAUUUGUGUGGGGCAACAACUUCUGGCUCGGCUCGAAGUCCUCAUGCGCCCGCCUAGCGCGCCCCUACCCCGUGGCACUGUCCACCAGAUUUUCGCGCAACAACGUGCCCCACUUGACAGACAUUGCGGCACCAAUUCCUGUGAUAUAUCGCGUCGUUUACGUGCGACACUCUUCCCGCCUUCAGUUGGACAUGCAAAUACUGGAUCUGUCUGUCCUCCACAUUGGGCUGUGUUUGCCGACAAAUUGUAGCAAUAAUGACACAGAGAGUCUCGUGAAUCAAUUGAUGGCUGAUGCAAAUUUUCCCGGACGGAAUUUGCUCGGCAAAAACACCACCGUGCUACGUAGUAAGAGUCUCCAGCUACGGGAUACCUUCUACCAGAAUCCUCUCGUUAUAGCAGCAAUGGUCCUCUUGGCAAUUAUGGUGUGCUUGAGUGUUGCCUGCUCGACGUACAACCUGUUGAUGGACAUCAUACAUAACCGAGAUGAUUGCCAAAUUAACAAAGACACCACGAAGAGACUCAAUGUCUUUGAGAAAUUCAUCAAAUGCUUCUCCCUGCACCACAAUACGGUCAUUGUAUUUAACCAUGAUCUCAGAAAGUCCGCCGUACCCGUGAUUCAUGGGCUCAGAGCUCUCACAAUGUUCUGGAUAAUCACGGGACACAUUUUCUUCUAUGCCCUGGCAAGCACGAAGAAUUUCCAGCGUGUCCUCACGUACAUGAAGGAAUGGUUUAUGCAACCAUUCAAUGCUGCUGUUUCAGGAGUCGACACAUAUCUCGUUAUCAGCGGCUUUCUCCUAUCUUACCUGUAUUUUGAGUCACACAUGAGGAAACCAAAGAAGGAUGGCGUUGUUGAUUUCAUCAAGAGUGUCUGCAAUCGCAUCCUAAGGAUAGCACCACCGUACUACACAAUCAUCCUCUUCUCCAUUAUCAUUGGACUUUACCUGGAGGAUAAAUCUCAAUUUCAGCUGCUUGAGAAUAUCGAAGAGAAUUGCACCAAAUACUGGUGGCGCAAUGUACUCUUCAUUAACAACUUCUUCCCGUUCUCCGAGCUUUGCCUCACGUGGAGCUGGUAUUUGAGCGUGGAUCUGCAGUGUUUUGCAAUCACAACACUCUGCCUCAUCAUCUGGAGCCGCUGGCAGAGAUUAGCCACCGCCAUAUUCAUUGUCAUCUUCCUCGCGGCCACAUUCUUCAACACAUACCUCGGAUAUGCCAUCGGGUUUGAUUUUAUGUACGACGUGGAAUUCAACAGCAUCGAUUUCCUGUACACACCAGUGUGGUCUAGAAUUCCUGUUUACUUCUGCGGUGUCCUCGCAGGGUGGUUUUUGAGCACGUUCAACCGAAAGCUCUACCUCAAAAGGUCCAUCAUUCGUGGCUUUUGGCUCUUGACCACCUGCACAAUGAUUCUCCUUAUUUUUGGGCGAAUGGUUAACAACUUGCCAGCUGCUGCGUCAAUGUGGUACUGUGGCUUCGGGAAAACCGCCUGGGCGAUGGGAAUCUCAUGGAUUAUCGUCGCCUGCACCACAGGGCACGGUGGUAUUGCCACGAGAAUCCUCAGUGCAAAGUGCCUCCUGAAAUUCAGCAGAAUGUCCUAUUCGGCAUAUUUACUGAAUCCCAUCUUCAUCCUUUUCACCAUGCUGUCGACUGAGGGACCACUUUUGCUAGAUUUCGCGCAAUUGACAACUACCGUCAUGGGGGUUGGGACAGCUGUUUUUGCAGCAGCAUUCGUAUUUAUGCUCCUCUUCGAGAAUCCCUACACAAUGCUAGUCCGGACAUUCAUUGAAAGGAAAUGAGCUCUGCACAGGAGGUGCACCAUCACACCGUUCCCUUUUUAACAUUUGUGAAAAUGGGGACCACCAUCGUAAGGAAAAUCUCUUUGUAUACGUGACGAAUUUUCAUGGAGGAAGAGACACAUCUAACAUCCCCAACGUUAAUUUAAAUUCCUUUGCAAAUUACCCCCUUUUUAGCUCUUAAGAAUUUUUGUCAUGGUUCAGUGUGAAAGAAAACGAUGCAUUAAUUGACGUCACAUUGCAAUUUUGUUCCACUGGGUUGCACAUUGUACCAGCAAUUCCACCAAUUCCUCCAACUCUCAUGCCAGAAGAAAUGCAUCAGAGUUGAGAACACAAGGUUGAGAAAUAUAAUUAAAUAUUUC